GGGCCGUGGUAGAAAGACCUGAACCAGUCCAUUAGAGAGAGAUUCUGAUGAGCAAUGGGAGAAAGAAAAAGAAAAAGAAAAAGAAAGAGAGAAUCUCUAAUGACGCUGGAAUCUGUAAAUAUAAUAGCCUUUUGGGUGCACAAUUUUGACGCUAAAUGCAUUUGCCUACAGCCAACGGACACGAGACACCCAACAAAAGGAUACGAAGACUAUAUGCUGUCCUCGUCAACUAAAUUACUGUCCAUUUCUUUCCUUUCUUAUUUUUUUUUUUAAUUUUUUUUUGAAAAUGAAAUUUCAAAUUAAUUACACCAAUUUCACAAAAAAUCUAUUUUUCUUCUGGAAAAGAAAAGCUUCUUCCUUUUGUUUUGUGCCUCACAGUGUCCGUUCGAUUAGCCUCACAUUUUUUUUCUUUUCUAAUUUAUUUAUUACAUGAAGAAUAAGACUUUUUUUUUUUUAAAAAAAGAGAAUUUAUUUUGUAUAAAUAUUAUAUAUUUUUUGCUCUCUCAUUUUUGUGUGAUGGGCACCUUCUCGAACCCCGAUGUGACUGGCGAUCAUCCUGCUGCUCUGCUCCGGCGAUUCUUUUCCUUUUCUACUACGCCGUGCGCGGUGGGUGAUUAAACUUUUUAAUUCAAUUCAAUGGAAUUGCAUUUUAUGUUUUCAAAUUCCUUUCCGACGUUAAAUUUCUCUUGUUUUGACGUUUUCUUCAGUCUCUUUCCGUGUGUUGAAUUUGAAAUUUAGAAUUCCCUUUGUUAUUUGACCUCUGUUUUCUAUAAUGUAUUUCUUUUAAUUGCUUACUUCAGUUUUACAACACUAAUGGCAACGUUUUAAUCUUCCAAUAAUCAGUCAAAGUAUAGAUUUUGGAAACUGGGUUAUUUUUGGAUGUCUUAAUUUGGUUCAGUUUUGGGAAAAACCAAGAAAGACUAAAAAUCUUGUUUCUAUUGUGUAUUUAUUCUGUUAUCAGGGCUUAGAUUUUGGAAACUGGGUUUUUAUUGUGAUACUUUUUCUCCACAUUGUAAAGAUUGAAGCUUGGAAGCAUUGGAUAGUAAAAUUGGAAAUUUUUUUUAAGAGGUUUGGUUAGCUAUUGAUAAAAUGGAUGAUGCAAGAGCCAAAAACGGAAAGGAACAAAGACCAAAUUGUUGUAACCCAGUUAAACAAGCAGGGCCAGUGACAAUGGACCAUGUUUUAUUGGCGCUUGGAGAGACUAAGGAAGAGAGAGAGCAGAGAAUUCGAAGUCUCUUUAAUUUCUUUGAUGGUGCAAAUUCUGGAUUUAUAGAUUAUACCCAGAUUGAAAAGGGUCUUUCUUCACUUCUAAUACCUGCCGAUUACAAGUAUGCUAAGGAUUUGCUGAAUGUGUGUGAUGCCAAUCAAGAUGGGCGUGUUGAUUACCAGGAAUUUAAGCGACACAUGGAUGAUAAAGAGCUUGAAUUAUACCUUAUUUUUCAAGCUAUUGAUGUUGAACAUAAUGGUUGCAUUUUACCUGAAGAGUUGUAUGAUGCACUUAUCAGGGCAGGAAUUGAAAUUGAUGAUGAGGAACUUGCACUCUUUGUUGAGCGAGUGGAUAAGGAUAACAAUGGUGUUAUAACAUUUGAAGAAUGGAGAGACUUUCUUUUGCUCUAUCCACAUGAGGCCACUAUUGAGAAUAUUUAUCAUUACUUGGAAAGAGUAUGCCUGGUUGAUAUUGGGGAACAGGCUGUUGUCCCAGCUGGCAUUAGCAAGCACAUCCAUGCAUACAGAUAUCUUAUUGCUGGCGGAGUAGCAGGAGCAACAUCACGCACGGCAACUGCACCUCUUGAUCGUCUAAAAGUUAUUUUGCAAGUUCAAACAGCUCGUGCUCGUAUGAUUCCAGCAAUAAAGAACAUAUGGAAGGAAGGAGGCGUCUUGGCAUUUUUCAGAGGCAAUGCACUGAAUGUCUUGAAAGUGGCACCUGAAAGUGCUCUCAGGUUCUAUACUUACGAAAUGCUGAAGGAAGUCAUAGUUAAAGCUAAAGGGGAAGGAAAUAAGGCUGAUGUUGGUACUACGGGGCGUCUUUUUGCUGGCGGUUUUGCUGGUGCUGUGGCACAAACUGCCAUUUAUCCAAUGGAUCUCGUAAAAACUCGAUUGCAAACCUAUACCUGCAAAAAUGGAAAAGUUCCUAAUCUUGGGGCAAUGUCAAGGGAUAUAUGGGUUCAGGAGGGACCCAGGGCAUUUUACAGGGGCCUUGUUCCAUCUCUUCUUGGAAUCAUUCCUUAUGCAGGCAUUGAUCUUGCUGCAUAUGAAACCUUUAAAGAUAUGUCUAAGAAGUACAUUCUUCGUGAUAGUGAACCUGGUCCUCUUGUGCAACUGGGAUGUGGGACUCUAUCUGGAGCUCUUGGAGCAACUUGUGUUUACCCAUUGCAGGUUGUCAGAACAAGAAUGCAAGCACACCGCACUAACACGGGCACUGCCUACGAGGGAAUGUCAGAUGUGUUCAGGAGAACCUUUCAACACGAAGGGAUUAGGGGAUUAUACAAAGGGAUAUUUCCUAAUAUGCUCAAAGUGGUUCCAUCUGCCAGCAUUACUUAUAUGGUUUAUGAGGCUAUGAAAAAGAGACUGGAUUUGGAGUAAUAAAUUAUGCUGAUAGAUUGGCAUCAGAAUUGACACGGCUAACUAUCUGCUUGAGAAAUUAGGCAUGGUCUUGUGAUUAAGACGAAAACAAGAAGAAUAAGUUUACUGAUCAAGUAGAUUAAAAUUGUUUCAAUUAUAAAGAGAAAUCUUGCAUCAAAUAUAUUGAAGGGCAAAAUUGGGUUGCCCCAUCAUUGUUGGGGAGUUGAAGCUUCUUUCAUUCCCACCAUAUGCAUUCGCAUUUUUGUUGUACGAUACGAAUACAGGAUAAGUGCAUUCAGGAACAGAUUUUGUAAUUCUUUUCAGAGGCAAAUUUUUGUCGGAAUUUUUAUCACAUGCAUAACCCAUUUGUUUGUCA